AUGUCAACCGGACGCACAUGUGAGGGGUACGGUAUCUGGGGUGGAGGAGGAGCUGGCGGGAAGCCCGGGUUUGCAUGUAGCACGAUAAAUCCUCGCUCACGCCUACCUCCUCUGCCAGGAAACGGCAAGCCCGGUUAUGGAUCUAUCAUUGGCCCCCUAUACUCACCGGCAUGCCAUUAUCCCGUCCUCCUCGAUGCAGGUGAUAAAGCUCGGUUCGAGUGGUUCAGGCAUCGCUCCGCCCCCAAGUUGCCGGGCACAUUUGUCACCGGAUUUUGGACGAAACUGGUCUUCCAGGCGGCCUCGACUGAGCCCUCUGUUCUCCAUGCUGUCCUUGCACUGGGCACAGUGCACCGAACACCCACCCUGAGCGACAACACCGCAUCCUCGCAAGAGGUCAUCACUCUGCGGCACUAUACCAAGGCCAUCCGCCACCUUCAGUACCACCUUAACGCCACGGGGAGAGCCUCUCUUCAUGUUUCGCUGAUAGGAUGCGUCAUCUUCAUCUGUUUAGAGCUCCUUCGUGGUCAUUUUGAGACUGCACACCGCCACAUGGAUAAUGGACUGAAGGUCCUGGCCGAAGCUCAAGAGUCGCUAUCAGCAGUGCCUGCCGUACAUCAACCUCGAGCCAAGAUGCUGGAUGGUUGGAUUGCCGAAAUGUUUACGAGGCUGAGAUUGCAGUUCAGGCUAUUCCACCAAGGCCGUCCACGACUCUGCUUUGAUUUUCCGGUGAGCCUACGCGGGCCGCUACCCAGCACUCGCUUUCACUCAAUCAACGAGGCCUGGCAAUAUCUGGGACAGCUUCUCGAUCGGGCCAUUGAGAUUUCGAAUCAGGCCCGGGCGGAGCACGACGCCGGAAGUGCGCUUUUGAUCAGCACUGAUGCCUUGAAAGAGCGCCAGGAACGCAACCGCGCCGACCUAUCACAAUGGCUCAAGAUGUACAAUCUCUCGCUGGAUAUUAUCCGAACGGAAACUCCAAGAGGUGAUCAGCGAACCAAAUUAUAUUUGCUCAUCCUUCAAUACUACGCCAUGGCAGAAAUCAUGACCGCUACCUGCAUAUCUCCCUACGACGAGUUAGCGUACGAUCUGCAAACAACCAAGUUCCUCACUCUCUUACAAAAUGGCAUAACUUUGUUGAAAACAGCACCGGAAUUGAAUGAAAAGCAGGUCUCGAUGGGUAACUUCGUCCUCAGACACUUAUCCAUCAUUGACAUGGGUUGGAUUGCUCCUCUCUUUUAUACCGCUACCAAAUGCCGCGUACACCAGAUCCGAACCCAAGCGAUGCGCCUUCUUUCAACCUCGGAACAUCAGGAAGGUAUCUGGGACUCUAAGCUGUCCGUUUGCGUGGUUCGCAAGGUGAUCGAGCUAGAGGAGAGAGAUUUUUACGAAGGGUUACUGGGCGACCUAGACAAUUUUCCGCUCUUACAAUGUCCGCAAGAACAGGAUUUAGUGUUUCCGACUAUACCUGAAAGCUACAGGAUUCAUGGAAUUGGGAUGGACUUGCUCGGAGAGCCUUUGGACAGGGUGAAGUUGACCUGUAGCCAGAAACAGGAUGGUGUGGAUCGAAUUGUGUUCGAAGGGGAAUAUAUCUUAGCUUCACAGGAAUGGGGAUCGGUUGGGACAUAUUCGCUUGAUUGA